CUUCAUAUUACUACAAAGAAAAUUAUUUAAUAUUUCACGAGUCAAAACUAUGUACGUAUGUUAAAAUGUUAUGCAUAAUAUUUUAGUGUAAUAUUAAGUUCCUUUGCUAUAUUUCACUUUCAUUUGAUUUCUUUAUUUGAUAAACUCAAAUGGCUCCUAAAAAGAAAGUUAUUAAUGCUUAUUCAAUUUUUAUGACUGAAACUCAAAAAAAAUUAGCUGCUCAAGGAAUUCCUAUGUCCAUGGCAGGACUAGCAACAUAUUGCAAAAGUGAUUGGGAAAAAAUGCCAGAACAAAUAAAAGCAAAAUAUAAAGCUAGAGCUAAAGAAAUAAAACAUUCUUAUAAAGCAGAAAAAAUGACUUCUACUGGUGAAAAAGUUAAUGAUGUUAUUAGUCGUGAUCGAGAAAAUAAUGCUCAAUUUAAUGCUAUGUACUCAUAUAUAGAGGAAUUAGUUAAACUACAUCUUGAUUAUUUAUCUAAACAAACAUUUAUUUUUAUACAUGUUAAUUCCUACUCUUGUGAAAAGGAAAAUUUUUAUUUUCCUGCAGAAAUAGCUAUGGUUGAAUUUUCACUAGAGCGAGGAUUAAUUCGUAGAUUUCAUCAAUUAAUUGGAUUUGAUAAAAUAAGGACCAAAGCUCCUCCAGCACCUUCGGCAGACAUAAAUAUGCAUGCCAAAGCUAACCAUAAAAUUGAUACAUUUACUAGAUUACCAAAUAAUUAUACUGACGUCUUAUUAAAAAUAAUUGGUUUCAUAAUAAAUAAGGAAGUUGAUGAAUCAGUCUUAAAUGAUCCAACAUUAGAUAUGCCACCUAUAUUUACCGCACAUAAUAGGAAUGAAGUAUCUUCAUUGUCAACAACUAAUCUUAGUUUAUUUCAAUUGUACAACAGUGCUGUAGAAUAUGCUGGUAGAGAUGAUUUUGAUAAACUUUUAAAAGUUUAUCAUUUAGAUAAAUUACUAAAAGAAUUAAAAAACACAUGUUAUGGUAGUAAAAAUCCUAACUCAAAUAUAGAAGCUAUUCCUUCAGUUGCAAUGGCAAGUGAAUUUUUAAAUAAAGAUAUGUCAAAUACAAUAAAGUCAAUUGGAUGUAAUUUUCAUGAAAAACAUGAAUCUGCUCAUGUAUGUAGUAAUUAUUAUGUUUGCAAGUGGAUAUACAUUUUUUCUACGCAUUGCUGCAGUUAUUUUGGUAUUAAAUUGAUUUCGGGAUGUCAUUUUGAUUUUGAUUUAUUGAAAAGUGAUAGUUCUCUUGAAGAGGAAAUUGAUAAGCUAAAUAUUACCCAUGAUGACUAUUUUAGUAGUUAUAAGCCUGAAAAAUAUCCCCAAGAAUUUACUGCUAGUAUGUUUCCAACUUUAGGUGGUGUAUCACCAAAAGUUUUUAUUGAAUCCAAAUGGAAUAAACCAGAAUCAAAGUCAGAUGCAACUUGUGUAAAUAUAACAAAUGAGAUUAGUUCAUUUCCUCCAUUGGGAGGAAAUGUUCAACAUCCUAGCUCUGCUCCUAAUAGUUGGCGUACAAAUGCUUAUAGAGGAAGAGGAAUAAAUCCAGUUCAAAGUAAUAUUAAUGCAGGUCAAAACAAAAAUAAUAUUUUUAAAUCUAAAGGACGAGGUGUACAACCAAAUCAUUAAAUUGUAUCUAAUUUUAAAUGACAUUUAAUUACUAUUACAUUCUAAGUUAUAUGAAAAUGGAAUCAUAUAUUUUUUUUAUAUUAUUGUUCACUGAGGUAUGUGAACAAAUCUUAUUUUUGAUGACAAAAAUUAUUAAGUUAAAAUGCAAUAUUGAGUAACAAUAAAAAUUUUUGUUUUUUUUUGCUUUGACUUUUUUAUAAGUUAUUCAUUUAUGUUUAAACUAAAAUUGAUUAAAAUUGGUGUUACAAUACUA